UUUAUUUUAAAAGUAAUAUGAUGGAUGACUACAGUUCAACUUCGGAAAUUCUCGUAUAUACUCACAUUGUGUACACGAUCUGGGAAUGGACCGAAUCACAAAUAACGAAAUUAAGACAUUCAUGGAAUUCCAUAGAAGAAGAAUACAAUUCGUAUGACGUUAGAAUCACCUUUCUCCCCGAAAAACAGGCCUUUGAGAUUAAGGCAAAUUCAAAUGACAUAAUGGACGAAGUGCGUAGGGAUUUUUUUAAGCUAUUGCAGAAGAUGUCAAAUGACGCAAAAGCUGUCUUUACUGUUCUUCCUCGUGAGGUUGAACGCGUUUCCGAGAAAACUGACAACGUAUUGGUCGGAAGACCUCCGCCAUUAGAUGAUGAUGAUGAUCCGUUCCCGUUUCUCCAAGAACGGGAUGAAAGCAUUAAAAGGAAAUAUUAUUUUUCAACAGCUAUUGGAAAUGUUCAUCGUUUAUUGCGUUGGAAGCGGGAGAAUUACGAACCCGAUGCCUGGAAAGAAAUUUGCGAUUCAUGCAACAUCAUUGGUUACUUGAUACCGCAAGAAGAGGACAUCAAUGAGGCUGUGAAAAGGUUAAAAACAUUAGAAGAGUUAUACAAACGAGAGUCGUACAAAAUAGAAAUACCGCUCGUGCAUCAUCACAAUAUAAAUCUUCAGUUUAAAUUGUGUUUUUUAAAACAUGAAGAUCACAUCUAUUUUGGAAAAGCGUUUAGAAUCGAUGCAAAAGAUCCCUACAUAAUAGUUACAGCGAUACGGGACCCAUCCGGUCAGAAAUGGGUUACCCCUAACUAUGAGGUAAACGGCAGAGCGUUUGUUCUAAGUGAAAAAUCGAACCGUGGCAAAGCCAUCGAAUUACAAGGUCAAAAUUCGAAUGAUUUCGAAGCUCACAGUUGGCCAGCUAUAGAGCUUCCCAAAACUAAGACACCGUGGGCGGAUUUACCAAACGUUGCGGCAUCUUCAUCUAAUCCACAAGCGUCGACUUUGGACUCAGAGUCCCUGGAGCGUUCAUCUUCCACGGAGGAGCACAAAAAGACUCAUCAGGAUGUCAAGAAACUUCAAAUGGCCAAGGCGAGAAGAAAUCGUGCGACCAAAUAUGCAAAUGUUGAUGAAAAUUCGAGCGGCAGUACUUCCUCGGCUUGGUAUACGCGACCGGAGCCACUUGAGGAAAGAGAUUAUGAUGAUAACUCGACUAUUGUGCCGAUUAAGUCUAUGAAUCUGGAAAAAGGUCCUAAUAGCACUCAAGACCGAAAUAUACGUAAACCCGGAAUAAUAGUCAGAGAUUACAACUUUGCGCAAAUUAAACAGGCAUUAGUGCCAGGGUUUGAAUACGUUCGAGCGCAUAAAGGCGAGGUUCGAUUUACCGGAAGCUUGGGGAAAGUUUAUUUCACAAACGUUAACCAAGAUAUCACAAAAAACCUUUGGGGAUUCUCCGAUUUAAAGGAUAUAAUUGUCAAGGAACAUCGUGUAAAACCUUUUCAUCAAAAUAUUGCUUCUGACUUGAUGGAUUUUGGUCCAAAGUUAAUUGAUGAUGAGAUGUUUGAAGGAAUGCUAUGGGAAGAUUACUCAUUUUUCGAAAUAGUCGCUGAUGCUAGAAACAGUGUUUCUAGCGAAUAUAGUAGGGUAUAUAUGCAUGUGGACUGUGCCGUCUCUUUGAAAAAAGUUGCAUUUCCUUGGGAUCACAAUGUUGACAUUUAUUGGACGAUAUUGGAGCGUAAUUUCGAUUUUACGAUGAGCUUAAAAACAAGACGUCUUAUUCGUCCCGAUGUCAAGCCAUUCAGUGCCUUCAUUAAAACGACGGCUAUCAGUCCAGAUCAAAACUCUAUAACUUGUGAAAAUAUUAACGAUUACCUUUAUGUCAAAUCAAUAACCUAUAAAACGGUAUCAAGAUGCAAAUUACAUUUUCCAUUUAUUGCUGAAGUUACGCGAGUCGAACAACGUCCCUUGGAGGAUCAAAAAGAAUUCAACAAAAUUAAAGCCAAUUGUGAAGGAAGCAAGGUCCAUUGGACUGUUGAGUUUAUAAAUUAUAAACAUGAGACUUUCUUCAAGGAAAACGAAACAUUACCCGUUGGAAAAGUGGCCACAUGGGAAGUUCAUGAAGCCCUUGGAGAAGAAUCACAAGUGAAAUUCUUAGUGGAACAUGUUAAAACGAUGUUGAAGGCAGCGGAACGCUGUAGCAAACUUGUCUACGAGUUACAUGAGAAUUAUUUCUUUUAA